AUGAGCACCAGCAGCUUACCCGACCACGUCGACCGACUAUCCCUGCUCGCGAGAUCGAUCCGCGCUAAUGCGGCUGCAACUGCCCCAGAGACCUCAGGACCCUUCACGGAGGCAGUCCUCCGCACCCCACUCGGCGACCUCAUCCGCGACAUAGAUCCCGCUGAGAUGGGUCUGUUCACGGUCAUCGCGCCUUCCAAACCUGCUGUGUCGAAUACCGAUGUACCUCCACCACCUGAGGGAGAACUCGCACGAGUUGAGUUCCACGGCGCAACCCCACUGAAGAAACCGCCGGCACCAAGGCCAGGAAGGCUGGAUGGGCAGAGGGCCGGCGAACAUGAACCGGAGGUCUAUGCGCGAGCGGCCGUCAAGUACCUCGAUCGAUAUCGGUCCAUCAGACCCAUGCCUCGAGCAUCCGAGCAGGCGGAGAGGAUCAUGGCACAGUUGUCUGAGGUGCGGGAUAAUAUGCGCAAGUUGAGCGAACAGCUAAAGGAACACGCGGCCUCAGACCCUCACGAAGUCCCAGCUUCUCCUAAGUCUAUCAUCAUGGACGAGGAACAGCGGAUACUUGCGGCUCGCGAUCAGAUAACGGAGCUGAAGAAACGCAAAGAGACCCUGCUUCGACAGAAGGCAGCUGUACCCAAACCACCACGUAGCAGACAUAAACCCAGACCGCAGACGCCCCCUUCUGCUAUUGACGAACAAGAAGAGACGUUCUGGAACACGCCCGGGGCAGCAGCACGAACGCUGCAUUUCACUGGCGAUUCCUUGCUAGACGAGGAAGUCCACGUGGCCGAUAUGUCAAACUUAUCAUUUUCUAGUCCCGUCCCUGUGCGUAGGAGCGGUGCGGAUACUGAUUUGCCCGAGCGGGCUUCCGACGAAGAAGAGCUGGAAGCUGAGAUGGCCGCCGAUGAGCCGGUUCAUACUGUAGACGAGGACUCUCUGUCGACGGAGGAGGUACUGGACGAAGACGACAGCGACCCGACGGUGAAGCUACGACCACCGCUAAAAGCAAUCUCACCACCAGUGGAGGACACUGCGGUUCAAGAAGCGGCAUCACCUCCCGCUACAGUCGCCGAGACGCCCGAUCCUCACAAGCGAGCUAAGGUCAGGGUUACCACCGAGCUCGAACAGAUUGUGGCGAAGAUAUGGGCCACAAUAGGCGACCAGAUCAAAGCUGGCCACGCGAAUAGCGGUAAACCGCUCAGAGCCAAGGAGACACUAGCGAUAUUGCAUCAGCUUUCCAACAGCACACCAGCACCGUCCUCGCCAUCCAUUAGUCUAUCCUCCUUCUCCGCUACCGCGCCUGUCUCCACCACAUCAGCCCAACCAUCCGCACAACAGAUCCUGACCGCCCACAUGCUUCUGACACUCCUAUCUUCACCGCCCACGUAUUCCAUGCCAUUCGGACGUAUCAAGGAAGCAUUAUCGGACAAGGUAGCCAGCAUUGGCAUCAGGGCGAGCGCUGUUGGCGGUGCAGGGAUCACCAGGCCGGUUUACGGAUGCGUUGCGAAACGACUUCUGAAGAUCGAGCGAGGGGGCAGGGAGCAGGUGGUGAGAUUUGACGUGUAA